AAGAAGAAGUAAGGAAAGCCAGGCGGAAGCACCGCAAACCCAAACAAUUAAUUACGUUUAUCAAGUUAUUCAAUAAAGUCUGACAAACAUUUCAACAGGAACGACAGGCGGAGUAGCAAAUCGCUGUUUGAGUUCAAAAGGACGACUUUUACGGUCGCCCUCCCGGACUAAACCCCGGAGAGCAACAGAAGUGUCCGCCUGAUAUUUUGACAAUUGUUCAGAAUGGAUCCUGCUCUUCUGAGGGAGAGGGAGCUCUUCAAGAAGAGAGCUCUGUCCACGCCGGUUGUGGAGAAGAGACCAGCUGCAUCGGAUUCUGGAUCACACAAGAAAAAGAAGCCUAGAAUCGAAAAGGAAGGCUUGUCGGGUUCUAAACCGAGUGCUGAGUCUAGCAAUGGCACUUUCAACAUUAAAACUAGCUCUGGCUACAAAUUUGGUUGUCUUGCAAAGAUAGUCAAUUACAUGAAGACCAGACAUCAGAAUGGCGACACACACUUCCUAACAUUAGAGGAAAUUCUGGACGAGACCAAACUACUCGACAUCAGCAUGAAACAAAAGCAGUGGCUCAUGACUGAGGCUUUAGUCAGUAAUCCAAAAAUUGAGGUGCGGGAUGGCACGUAUGGUUUCAAGCCCAAGUACAACCUGAAGGACAAAAAAGCUUUAUUGAGGUUGCUGGACAAACAUGACCAGCUGGGCCUGGGAGGAGUGCUGCUGGACGAAGUGGAGGAGGGGCUCCCCAACUCGGCGAAGGCCAUCAAGGCAUUAGGGGAUCAGAUCACAUUUGUGACAAGACCAGAUAAGAGGAAGAUUCUGUUCUACAACGAUAAACACUGUCAAUUUCUGGUGGAUGAAGAAUUUCAGAAACUGUGGAGGAGCGUUCCAGUUGAUUCCAUGGAUGAAGAAAAGAUUGAAGAGUACUUGAAAAAGCAAGGCAUCACCUCCAUGCAGGAAUCGGGGCCAAAGAAAGUGUUACCAGUUCAAAAGAGGAAGAAGCAAUCUGGUCAGCGAAAGAGACACUUCAAGACCCACAACAACCAUUUGGCAGGAGUAUUGGAGGACUACGCAGAUGGUGUGCCGGUCAAAAAGUGAAAUCAAACACUUGGAAAGCGGACGGCUCAAAUCCUGUAUUAGCUUAUUUUGCAGCCCGUGUGAAUAGUGACUGCUUUGUGGUAUCCAUUUUAGCUAUUGAGCAAGAAGGACGCUUGAAAACAGGAUAUCAAUCUUUCUGGACAAAGCCAUCGUUGAAGGGGCUAACACCACUUUGCAAACAAAACCAGGCUGAAAUGUGUGUAAAUACACCAAAAUCUGUGUAUAGAAGAUAUUUUCCGCAAUGCUUCUUAAAUACAGUUCUAUACUGAUAGUUCACUUUCCAAAAAAAAAAAAACGUGCAGAAGAAAAAAAUCUGUUGUGCGUCACAGAUGUCAUUCCAGCAUGGAUCAUAUUUGAUGGCAACAUGAGCUAAUAUUUUCAGUUGUUUUACUUUGCCGGGGCCAUUCCAUCCUGCUUUUAAUAAAAUACGACAUUUCUUU